AUGGCACCCAUCGAACCCGUCGUCCCAUCGCUGCCAUCAUCCACUAUCCAGCAGCACAUCGAGAAUACCGCUGCUUCAUCGUCACCUUCGGUUUGGGAUCGUAUUUCAUCAUGGGCCUCAGAAAACAAGGCUCUAGUCUACACAAUUGCUGGUGUUGCGGUUGUCGUGACAAGCGCUGGUGUGGUAUACUAUUUGUCUGACACCGGUAGACCAACCCAGGUUUCUGGUCCAUCGGGAGAGAAGCGCAAGAGCAAAAAAGAACGGCGAAAGGAAAAGAAGGCGGAGCAGGAAAAGAAAGCCGCCACGUCGGAGAAAUCUGAAACAAAAGCGGCAACAGAGCAGGCACCAGAAGAACUCCCAGACGUUGAUGAGUCUAACGUGGACAGCCUACCUGCUCAGACGAGAGAACGCUAUGCUGGAAUCCUUAAAGCUGCCGGAAACAAAGCGUUUGGUUCAAAGGACUACAACCGAGCAAUCGAGCUCUAUGGGAAAGCAAUUCUCUGCAAACCUGAUCCUGUCUACUACUCUAAUCGCGCCGCCUGUUAUAACGCCCUCGGUGAAUGGGAGAAGGUGGUAGAGGAUACUACCGCGGCCUUGGCCAUGGAUGAUGAGUAUAUCAAGGCAAUGAACAGACGGGCAAACGCAUAUGAUAAGCUAGGAAAAUACAGCGAGGCCCUACUUGAUUACACUGCUAGCUGUAUCCUUGAUGGAUUUGCCAGUGACACUGGCAAAGCUGCGGUCGAGAGGUUGCUGAAACAAGUAGCCGAAGAGAAGGGCCGCGCUAUCCUCGAAGGAAAGGGCAAGAAGUUGCCUAGUGCUACUUUCGUCUCAAACUACCUCCAGAGCUUCCGACCCAAGCCGGUUCCAGAAGAGCUUGACGAAUCUGUUGAGUUGAAAGAAGACAGUGGCCUAGGGCAGCUCCGAAAGGGGUUAUUGGCGGUUGCCAAGUCAACUGGAGAUGGAUACGACGAGGCCGCACGAGCGUUUGAAAAGGCCUUGGAGCUAGGUGAACUCGGCAAGCUUGAAGCUUUGGCCCUCAAUAUGCGCGCCACCUUCACCUACCUAGCUGGAGAAGCAGCCGCAGCACUUACUGACUUAAACAAGAGCAUUGAGCUUGACCCAUCGCUUGUGCAGAGUUACAUCAAACGUGCCAGCUUAUACCUCGAGAUGGGCAACAGGGAAUCAGCACAGGACGAUUUCGACCUGGCUGUGACCCAGAACAAGGAUGAUCCCGAUAUUUAUUACCAUCGGGCACAACUUCAUUUCAUCCUUGGCGAGCUUGGAGAGGCUGCCAAGGAUUACCAAAAAUCAAUUGACCUUGACCGGGACUUCAUUUACUCACAUAUCCAAUUGGGGGUUACUCAGUACAAGCUGGGUUCUGUUGCAUCAGCGAUGGCUACUUUCAAGCGGACCCUCAAAAACUUCGAGAACGUGGCUGAGGUUUACAAUUACUAUGGCGAGCUUCUGCUUGAUAUGCAGAAAUUCUCCGAAGCCAUUGAGAAAUUUGACCGUGCCGUUGAACUAGAGAAAUCUAACAAACCCUGGAGCAUCAACGUUCUGCCCCUAAUUAACAAGGCUCUUGCUAUUUUCCAGUGGAAGCAGGAUUUCCAAGAAGCCGAAAACCUCUGCCAGAAGGCUCUUAUCAUUGACCCUGAUUGCGAUAUUGCGAUUGCUACCCUAGCUCAACUUCUUCUCCAGCAAGGAAAGGUUUCUCAAGCCUUGAAGUAUUUCGAACGCGCUGCCGAAUUAGCACGAACAGAGGCAGAGGUGAUAAACGCUGUCUCAUACGCCGAAGCCACUCGCGCCCAGCUCGAGGUGCAGGAGAAGUACCCUAAGCUUGCUGCCAGGCUAGCACAGAUGGGCGGUGCAGCUGGACUCGGUGCUCCUGGUGGUUUCUAA